AUGUUCGCUGCAUUCCGCUUCGGGAGGGAUCUUUGGGAUCCUUCUCACCGCUUCGAGACCUCAUGGCUGCUUUCUCCCUAUCUGUUGGCCGCGUGUCGAGCGCUAAUUAGUCUGUACAUCUUUGUCGUCCGCUUCUUCGUCAUCGGUUGGACCUGUACUCACGCCGAAGAUGGCGGGUGCAAGGUCGUCGGCCAGAGCUUUUCCUACUUCACUGUUCUGACCUACUGGGGACUCGCGUUUUACUUCCUCAUCUCGGCCAUCCACACCUUCACGUACGCGCACUCUGGGACCCCGCUGCUCGACCGCUUCCCGCGACCCCUCCAGGCCCUGCACGCCUUCUACUAUAGCACCAUCGUCACCUACCCCUUCAUCGUGACCAUCGUCUACUGGGCCAUCAUCUACUCGGCCCCCUGGUACACCGAGCAAUUCGAGGCCUUUAGCAACAUCUCCCAGCACGGCCUCAACUCGGCUUUUGCCCUCUUUGAGAUCGUCAUCCCGCGCACCAGCGCCGCCCAGCUCGAGUGGGUGCACAUGCUCUGGCUCAUCAUCGUCCUCGCCCUGUACCUCGCGCUCGCCUACGUCACCUACUACACACAGGGCUUCUACACCUACGACUUCCUCAACAUCGACAAGAACGGCAGCGGCAAGGUGGCGGCGUACAUUAUCGGCAUCGCGGUGGCCGGUAUCGUCUUUUAUCUCAUUGCAAAGGGCCUCAUCUGGUUGAGGGAGUGGAUCACGGAGAAGAAGCUGGGCAUGGACGGCAAGUUUGCCCAGCAGCGCUUCCGCAACUACGACACGGAGCUGGGCACCAUCACCUCCAAGCACUGA